AAAGUGAAAAAAUGAGGAGAAAAUAACUGUAGUCAUAUGGCUCUUUACAACCGAAAUCAAAAAACCUAGUCCCAAAUAGAGAGGAAAGAUGCAGAGAUGGUGCUCCAAGCUCCGAUCCCUCGCCGCUCUCCGUUCAACUCCAAAUACGCAUCACCACCCUUUUCCUCCCUGUCGUCUUCUACACACUGCUACCAAUCCCGUUAUUAACAGACCCUUUACACAUUCAAUACUCUCUCAAGGCUUUAAACCCAUUUGCCAUGGUGGCCCUGUUUCGUUCCCCACUCACUCGUCUCUCCUCCCUCUUCCUUUCAUGCAAGUGCGAUACAUCACUGCAAAACAGAGGAAAAGGAAGUUGAAAAGCAAGAAGCCGAUGACUCCAAUCACAUCAAAAGUCAAGAAAAUCAAAAUGAAAUUUUAUUCGUCUUAUAAGGACAGAUUUCGUGUUAUGAAAGAUGGGCAGAUUAGGCGCUGGAAAGAGGGGAAGAGACACAAUGCACAUUUAAAGUCUAAGAAAUCCAAACGUCGACUCAGGCAACCUGCUACGGUCCCUUUGGCUUAUGCAAAAGUGAUGAAGAAGCUCAAUUUCUGUGGUUGAAGCAUUUGUAGUUUGAUGCUCUUACUGCCACUCUCACUUGAGUGGCAUAUCUUCUGAUCUUGUUGGUUGUCCUCUCGAAUCAGCUCAGUGUAGAAGAUCUUUUUCAAGGCAAACAUGUAACAGGUUUUGUUUCAGGUCUUUUGUGACAAAGCUGUUAGUCUAUUUCUCUGGCAUGGGUAUGGAUUUUGAUAGUUCUUGUAAGAACAAUAAAAAUACAAAGAGAUGAUCUAAAGGAGAAAAUUGCGUGGACCAAAAGAGUUGUAUCAGGUAUCCAAGUGGAGAAGCCAUCAAUAUCUUUCUUAUGGGUUAACUUUAUCUAGUCAUAUGAUGUUAAAUCUGAACUGAUCAUUUUACUUCUUUUUAGACUAUUAGCCAAAGCUUAGUGAUUUGUCAGAAAAUGUGAUGAAUAAACUAGUUUGAUUA